GGUAAAACAGUUAGAUAUUAAAACGAAAGUAGAAAGCUAGUAGUAGAAAUUAUACCACAUAAUGCAAACUAAACGCCAAUGGCCCCCCAAAACGUAGAAUUUUUAAAUUUAAACAUGGCAGCCCUUCCAAAAAAUGUUCGCGUGCGAUUUGCAUUCUUUUCCAGCGCAUUGGCGUUAUUUUGUUACAUUGGUGUAAAUGAAAAAUGAACAAUUUACUUUAAUAAUUUCAAAUUAAAAUAAAAACAACAUAAUGAACAGUGUCGUGUUGUUGUGCUAAGUUAAUGCGAUGUCGGUUUUUUGGUCGAAAGAGUCACAAUGACCCUUGAGUUCACGGCUGCAAUUACGAGCGCAUCGUGAUACUGCCCAAUAUGGGAAACAAAUUAAAAACAUUGUCGUAGAUUAGAACGUUAGUUAUUUAAAUAAAACUUACGGACUCGUUCACAGUGUAGAUCGUUGAAAGUAAAUGUUUUUUUUCACCAUGGUAAAUUUAGUCAUUGAACCUGCGGGUGGCGUGGUGACUGUGCUGUGAGUAGUGAUUCGGAAAUAUGUAAAUAAACAUGAACGAUAUAAGUUUGAAAACAGUACCUCCGAAGGAUCAAGCCGGUGUCGUGGAAACGCCGCCAACUGUGACCAGCGGAGAAAACGAUGUGGAUCCCUUAGUAAUUAACGAAGUUUUGACGAAUACAGAAUCAUUGAAAGAACAGGAAGGAGUCGAAGCGCCUCAUUCUGAAGAAAAGGCGGGAAUCUGUGAUGAAAAUGCCAAAGAAAAGAUUGUAAACCCAUUGGAGAUUGAAGAGUGUGAUAAAGCAGUUGUAUUGCAGAAUGAGGAACCUGAUGAACAAAUAAACGAAGAAACAAGUUUGUCAUCUUUACCAGUAGAAGAUCCUGUAGAGACUAUAACAAAAAACCCUGAGCCAAUAGCUGAGGAUGUUUCUACAGUCAAGCCUGCAGUGACUGAAGAGCAAGAGAAAACUGUUGUCGUUGAACCAGAGCCUGUAGCACCUGCUGUUACUGUUCCGGUUGAAAUAAAAGAGGAACCGAUUAUUGAGGAGCCGAAGUCUCAAGAACCGGAGCCUGAUGUAGAUAUGACAGAGACUGCACCGAUAGAGGAGAAAACUGAACACAAAUUUGAUUACAAGCCAAAAAUUCAACCCCUCAACGGUGAUAUUAAGGAAGAGCAAGGCGUUAAACGUCGUUCAAGCGAAGAAGCCGAAAGCGAGUCCCCCCCUAAGAAGCUCUGUCAAGAAGUAGAGAAGACCUUCCCGCAACAUGACACUAUGAUUAACGACUACAUACAGACUGCGACAAAGAACAGCGUCGACGAAAUACAGAGGCACACGGAGCAACUUCUCUCGGAGAUACAGACGCUACGAGAACUAGCACAGAAGAAGGAACACGAGUGGAAUAACAUCUUACACCUGAAGAAGGUCAAGGAAGAGAUCCUCCUGAGGCUGCUGAGGCGAAAACAGGUAUUGUCCUUCGAGAAAGCGCCCGAGGUGAACGGCUCAGACAGGCCGGACCCCUUCGACUACCUGAACCAUCCCAAGAACUUGGCGAUUGACAAAAGCGACGAAAUAUCCGGCCUAGCCAUAAAACCGCCCGGAGGAGUUAAUCCUAUGAUGCAGGGCCCCGUGAUGCCGGUGACGUCACACUUCAACCCCCUCACCGGCCUGCCCCCGCCGUACGACAAGGCCCACCUGCAAUCGAUGCCGAAGCCAGUAUUCCCGCAGAUGAUGAUGCCCGGGCCGUUACCGGGCUUCCCGAGGGACAUGAACGGACAACUGCCCGGCUUCGGGCUGCCCAUGGGCCGCCAGGGUCCCACCAAGGACGUGAAGUCGAUAAUCGCGGACUACCGGCAGCGGAACCCGGAGAUCACGCCGCGGAGAGGACGCCGGAUGAAGUCCAUCCUGAACCCCAACAUGAUGAACGCGCCGAGACCCAUCGCGCCGAAGAUCGACAACAUGAGCAACUUGAACAACCUGAAUAUGCUGUUUAACAACUUGGAUAUGAACCAAAAAGCGAUGUUAGAGCGUCUCCAGCAGAUGCAAGCGGGCGGCAUUCCAAACGGUCUCUCCUUCAAGGACGUGCUCGUGCAAUUCGCGAACAUGCAGCAGAACCCCAACAUCCUGCCGACCAGACCGGCGGAGACCAUGACGAGGCCGGAGCACAUCAGACCCGACAUGAGAAGGAGACAGGAGAGGCACGAGGAACACAUGAAGCAAGCGGAGAGGAUGGCCGCCUCCAGUCCGAGACUGCCGCCGCCUCCGCCCUACCCUGAGAUCUCCUUGCUGCCCGUCACCACGGCACAGGACACCUCGUCCCAGCAGAAUUCACUCCUCCACGGGAUCCUGACUAAGCAGUCGGCACCCGCGUCUCAGUGUUACUCGCCGACGUUGGCUAAACUGCUCACAUCGCCGGAAAGGAAACAGGCGUCAACGUUACCCACAUUCGGUCAGGCCAAGAAUUGCGGGGAAAUAACGAUAACGCCUGUACAACCGACGCCGCCGCCCACCGAGGCUCCGCUUGUCAAGACUGAAGAAGUUGUGCAGCUGGACGAUGAAGAGAGCCCAGCAUCGGAGGGCGAGCCCUGCGGGUCGCCGGGCGGGUCCGGGCGGCUCGUGAUCGACGAGGGGGGCGGCGGUGCGGGGGGCGGCGCGGGGGCGGAGGACGCGCCGCUGUGCCAGGGCUGCCGGCGCCGGGACGCGCAGUUCGUGUGCGCCGGCUGCGCCAACCAGUGGUACUGCAGCAGGGACUGCCAGGUCGCAGCUUGGGAUGAUCACUCAGAAAUGUGUUCCGGAUAGGAUGCGAUUGUGUUGUGUGUGAGCGCUCACAGGCUCACGCCGCGCGCCGACACCGAGCUAAUGUUGGCCGCAUCGUACCCCGCUCUGAAACUGAAGGUCUUCGUCAAAAGAUGACAUUCAACACUGUGCGGGCGUGGCUCGGCGGAAGGGAAUCGACCAAGACGCGCGCUUGCAAAUAACAUCGUAUAGUCGAUAGUAAAGAGCGGGCACGUAUCGAUUUUUAUCGACUAAACAUAGUAGUGUUUCCCCUCACUAUAGUCAAUCGAUAGUGACGUCCAUCGUGAAGUAAAACAAUAGAAGCAUGUUAUUAUCAAAGUAGUCGAUAUGGAAUUUAAUUGGCUGCGAUGAAUGGACUCCCGUCUUCCUUUCUGCGGAGAUGCGUCCCUGGCUUCAGCGACAGCGGACGUCGCCGCGCGUGCUCAUGGCAACACUGUGAUUUGUACGGAGAAAGUGCUUUUAUUCGUAAUCGAAGUGUUAAAUGUUAGCGUGCUAAGUAUGAAACCAGUUUUAUUUAUGUAAGCAAAGUUGUUGUGACUAAAAAAAAACUUUUGUAAUUUUAUUCGGUAUGUGCUGCAUCGCAUUUGUGUCUGUGAUUGUACCGUCGACUGAAGAUGUUUGGUAUGAAUAAAUCUAUAUUUAUAUAUAGGUAUGUGUUACGUUACAAAUGCGAUUGAUGCUCUGAGAUAUCCCUCGAGGCAAUACUAGGCUAUGUACUUGCUAGCGGUGCGGCAGGUAUCACCAAGUUGCCUAUUCUGCAGCUAAGUAAUCAUACGGUCCUCGAAUACUUAUGCUUGGACCUCAUGUCUCAAGAGGGCGAUAUUGACGUUGCUAUGUUUAUAGCACUAUAGCCCCUCCACAGAAACUAGGACGCGGGAAUGCUUCGCUGCAGGAAAGAGUAGAGAUAGAGAAAUAAAAAAUACACGAUAUGAGAGCGGCGGGGUUACAUUCGAAAACGAGGCUGGCAACACAAGUUGACUUCUGAUGAGAUUGUAGUAAUGCACUCAUGUUCUCUGGCAACCCCUCAGCGACUCACCGACCAACGACGGUUGUAGUGUUGAUUGUUAGUUCUAUAUAUUGUUACGCGCUGGGGUUCGGGAUAAAUAUAACUUCUACCGAAGUACAAAUUAAAACUAUUUAACACUUACACACUUACUUUACAAUUCGUAAUUCGCUUCAGGCGAUCCGUUCGCUGUUUCGCUUCGAGUAUCUCUGCAACGGUUUUAUAGUCGAUAGGAUAUCUCAACAAUUAUCGAGAACAUCCUUGACGGGUCGAGGAAAUGCGCUUCCGCUAUCUGACGAUAGAUGGCGUUGUACUUCUCGAGCGUUCUCGAGUUUACUAGUUCCUUUGAUAUUCGCUUCUGCCAUUCGACGACAGAUGGCGUUGCUCUUAUCGGCGUAACAAUAUAUAAGCUUCCUGUAUGUAACACUAAAUUUGUAAAAAAAUAGAUAUGUGAUAGAAUGACAGUAAUAAGCUCGUGUCUAUUGUCUAAUAGGUAGCUGUGCAGUCUUUUCGCUUAUCGGCCGCCGGACCGCAUACCGAAUAAAAUAUACAAAACUAUCAAGUUACAAUAUGAGUUUUUUUUUUUCUUUUAAUAAAAGUACUUUUUCCGUGCAAGUACUUCGUCUCAAAUUAAUUGUAAUAAUACUAUAUGAUAUGUAGUGUCGUUAAUUGCCUUAUAAAUAAUAUAAAUUAUGUCGUAAUCGUAAGUGAAUCUCUAUAGGUCUUAUCAGCGCUUGUGAAAUUUAGAAAACUUUUAAAAAAAAUUACCUCACGACGAAUGUUAAUGUGUAAUGUUUUGAAAUGUGAGAUAUUUCCCGCUGGAGACAUUCGCUUUAUAGGGCGCCGAUAAUCUUGAUACUUUAGUAAUAAUCAUCUGAAGUCUUUUGGUCCGAGGACCAGAUAUACUCUUCCAAUUACGAAGUCCCCUUUGACACUUCUUAGAAUGUACCUCUUCACACGUUACGCUUAAUCUAUACAUAUAAAUAAAAUUGGAGUGUCUGUUUGAUAUAUUAAAAUAACCGCUUUUUACUACAUGCCUAUGGUACAUACACCAAAAUAACAUUUUUUACCAUUUUUGUCUGUCUGUUUGUUCCGGCUAAUCUCUGGAACGGCUGGACCGAUUUUGACGAGACUUUCACUGAUAGGUAGCUGAUGAUAUAAGGAGUAACUUAGGCUUAACUUUAUUUAGACUAGCUUCGUCCCGCGGCGUAUAGAUUAGCAUCAACAGUUCGAUGUUUUAAAUUGAACUUCAAUUAAGUUUACUCCAUUCAAUAAGCUGAAGAAGUUUUUUUAGUAUGAUAUUUUUUCUAAUUUGCUAACUUUAAAUUGCUCUCCUGUAAAGUUGUAAAAAUGUCGCUUAAACCUAAAAGCCUUUCAUCUCUCGAUGUUAUAGAGAUUCUGACCUCAAAAUGGACAGUGAGGUCGCGAGGCUAUUUAUCGUUAUUCCAACAAAUUAUAUCGUUUUAUGCAGAGUUUGGUCUGAGACAUUCAUGUCUAUCUCACGUUGGCACACUUAACUGUUAUUAGAUAAAAUUGUUGAUUUCAAAGAUAAUUUUACUUUAGUGAUCUGUCCUAAAUAACAAGAAGUACUCAGGAGUUUUUAUUAUUAUUCUAUAUUGGAUUUGCGAAGUAAACACUUUAUCAAUUUCCAUGUUUUUUCCGCUUUGAAACAUGUAAAAGUCAAACUCGAGCCGCGGAGAACUCCAACUAUCAAAGGCUGUUCGACUUUAUGUCGCCUACAUUAAGGUCGAUUUUUAAAGGAUUUUUAUCAAUACGAUAAUAUUGAGUUGAGUCGUUAACUUGGCCACACUGUAGCGCUUAACCUUCUGUAAAUGGACCAGGACAUAAACUCAAAAAAAAAAAACAGAAAAAAACUCAACAUUCAUCCACCGGUGUGACCAUUCUAAAAUAUUAUAAAAAUUAACAAAAAGUUGUUGUAUUCAAGUUCGGUCUCUUUAAGCGAGUGUCUUUCAGUUUAAAAAGAAAGAAAUAAACGCCUAAAUAUUAUAUAAUCAAUUGUGUUAAGAUCGUCCUAUAUUUAAGUGAGAUGUGUCAUAAAAUUAGUCUGAUUGGUUUUUUCCUCAGUAUUUAUUACUAUUAUUUAUUUUUGUAUCGCAUAAUAAUUGUAUUCUAAUGACGCUAACGGAUGUGACGUCGACACGAAGCCAACGGACGUUGGUAGAAUUAUAAUUUGUUUAGUAGAAAUUAUAUAUUAUACUAAAUAAAUUGAUUUUAGUACUAUGGCAACCUUAUAAAAAUAGUAUUAUUUGAUUUAAUUUGCAUCACAAACGCGUGACUUCUAUAAUAUAUUAGUAUUUAGAUAUAACAAUAGAAUAGAUUCGCAUAUAAAAUCAAAGGAAAAUAGAUAUUUGUUUGUUCCUAAAAAUAAAAUAUGGUUGUACUAUUAUAAUAAUGGACUCUGUGUUAAGUAAAAUUAAAUUUAAUAAUCUGAAUCGAUCACUUGUCUCGCUCAUGUGAUCCUUUAUAUGCACCAAGUGAGAGUGAGACGGAAUUGUGAAGAACGUUUAUAUAGACAUCGGAAUUGGAAAUAUAACUUUAAGAUAAAUAUAAAGAAAAGUAAUAUAAAAUGUUAAUGUGUUUUUAAGAAAACUUUUCACAUACAUAUUGUUUUUCUGUUUUGUCUUCAGAUAAAAUUUGCGAAAAUUCUUUGUCCUUUUAAAUAUGUCUUCGAAAAAGCUUACCCAACAAAUAUUGUUUACUUCAAAGCUUCAAAUUUUGAUUGUCCCUUUUUUGUAUCAAUUUAAAAAACUCGUAAUAAGUGUUAUAUGUACAGAUAAAAGUGUCGAAAAAUAUAUAUUACUUUUUUUUUAUAAACAAAACUGUACAGUGCCAAAAUAGGAAACGGUCUUGUAGAACGCGUAUCAAUAGACUAUAAUAUUAUUAGUGUCGUUUUAAUAAAACCCCGUGCGUUGAAGUGUUCGCUACAGUCGAGGUUCGAGUCCGGUCGGUUCGGAAGUCAGAGCCGGAAAGAAAGGGAAUAUACAAAAAAAAAAAAAUUUAAUACAUUCUAUUUUUGUAGUGCUAACGUUCUUUUUUUAAAUGUCGAAUCUAGACUAUUCGAACUUUGAAUUUCGUCAGGCUGAUUCCGUGGACGUAUGCUGUAUGCAUUGAUCGAAAUGCGGGUUUUAUUAAAACGACCAGCAAAUGUAAAUGACCAAUGAUACUAAAAAAAAUUUCUACACACAUACAUAUAUUUUUUCACAUCACGAUAUUUAUAUACAAUUAUGUAUAUGUUUAUAUAAAUAAUGAUUACAGACAAAUGAACUCGAAUGCGUACUAUUAAACUGCGUAUGUUGAAAGUGAAUAAGGACUGUUUAUAUUGUUUAAAAAAAAAACAAUAUGAGAGAGUACGUUGAAUUCUUCGGUUAAAAUUGAUUUCUGAAAAUGUACUUUUUCAUUUCAUUUUUGAAGGUAGCGAACCAAAUGAGCUCAAACGUCCAAAAGUAUCUUAAUUUUUUUUUCAUCUAUUUACUGAUUUAGUGGUGAUUGGGUGCUAGUGCGGGUGGGAGUCUUCUUCCGAGUUGAAGAGUAGGGCAACUCUUAUACCGUACAAACUAGAUCUCGACCUCACGUUCUAAGCUGAGUGGCGGCAUUCACGCAGUGAUGACCUUGGGCCCCGGCAACCACUUAACAUCGCUUGUGUCGUGAGCUCGUCCACCCAUUUAAGCAAUAUAAGGAAAAAAAUUCCAUCACUAUUUCAAGAUUCUAGAACAAUUUUUUUCUUUAAUUGUUGUACGGUUAUAAAAGAGAGGAUACAGUAAAGAUUACUUUUUUGUAAAUACGAAUGGCGGGUCGUUAUCGUCUCAUUGUACCUACCCCAGUAAGGCGCGAUAACGGAUUGAUUUCGGUGAGAUUUUGUUUUAACUUCGACAUUGGGAAGCGAAUCUUCCAAUUGAACAAGAAUCUGCGUUGGAUUUGCCUGCGCUGACAAAGUGUAGAUUAUUUUGUAUAAUAGUAAAUAGAGAGGUGAAAGGGUAUUUAGUUUUAGCGACAUUUAUCUUUGUAAUUGAAUAUGCAAUUUCGAAAAGGGCACAUGUCGCAUAUUUUGUGAAAUACGUUUUUUCAUAUACAUGUAGUUUUGAGGCUUACCUACACCCAUUUUAUAAUAAUUCCAGUUAUUUUCAUUUGCUAAUUAACACUAAAAUAUAUCACAAAAGUUAAUAUUUUAAAUUUUACGCUGCUUUAGAAAAUAAUUUGUUUUUUUUCAUUGCCUGAACAUUUUACAUUUUCAGAGAUGUGCCCUUUUCGAAAUUGCAUAUUCAAUCAUAGUUACGUUUUAUUUGGUAUCAACAUUAACAGUUCGGUGGUUUUUAAUGGAACUUCAAUUAAGUUUACUCCAUUCAAAUAGCUGAAGAAGCUUUUUUUUUGUGUAAAGUUCCAAAAAUGUCGCUUAAACCAAAUAAAUAGCCUUUUCUCCCCUCGAUUAAUAUUUGUAUCUGUAUCGACACAUUUCUAGGAAAAAAAAACACAAUAAGGGUUUUCGAACUCGGAAAAAGCACGUGCUAAUAAUGAAAAUCGAAAACGAAUUAUUAUUCGGUUCAUUGAUUCUUGCGAGAAUUUUUUGGGUUCGAUGUUAGAGUUAAAACUUUGAGCAGGCAGGCAGGCAGGUAGGCAGCGGCUUCGCUCUGCACCUGGCAUUGCUGACGUCCAUGGGCGACGGUAACCAAUCAGCAUCAGAUGGACCGUAUGCUCGUCUGCCUACAAGGGCAAUAAAAGAAAAAGAAAUGAGUAUUGGUUUUUUUUUUAUUGCUUAGAUUUACGUACGUACAUUUUGUAUGUAAAGUAAUGUGAGUGCUCAAUUUUUUUGUUGUUUCAAAAAUCAAUUUUAUUGUACCGUGUAGUUGGGUUGCGUUUCGCUUGGGUGCCUUGACCUCUACUAUAAUAUUUAAAUCAAUUAUUGUUGUAAAAUAAAUGACUAUUGAAUUGAAACUAUAAUCCAAAUUCAAUAUUUUCAAAUCGUAAAAUUACCUAAGUAAUUCAAAUUUAAGUAUGUUUUUUUUACUGUCUCAUUUUUUUAUUGUCACCCCUUUGAUAAGGUUUUAAUAUUUUGAUGUAAAAUUUGCAAUUUUUUUUUAUCUUACAGAUUACUGAAAUGGGAACAACUAACUUAAUUUUAAAAUAAACCAAAAAAGUCCAUUAAAACAAUUUUCUUCGGUUUUCGCGACCCGCUCAUAUAAUUAAUAAGAUUACUUUGAACUUUACGUUUAAUUAAUCGGUUUUUAUGUUUUAAUUAAACUGUUUUCGUAUAACCGACGAUAAUCUAGUUGCAGUAGUUUUGUAUCCGGUGGAGUCUAUUUGCUGUACCCUACUCACUGUCGCCUUGCGCUUAUGCAGUUUCAACUGUAUGCUUAGUGCGAGUUAACGUUCUCGAUAACGUAAACGUUAACCCAACUUUGUAUGCAGUUGGAACGUUUGCGUUCGUUUGCCGCUAGGGGCGCUGUGCCGAUUGCAUACAAAUUACAGUUAACUUUUACGCUAUCGAGAGCGUUAGGAACUCGCACUAAGGAAACCGGAUUCCAUUCGUACAAAUCAAUGGAAGUUGUUAUAGAGUUAUACCUUUUAAAUCACAUUCUAAUCGCGGCAAACGUUCCAACUCCAUAUAAAUUUGAGUUAACGUUUACGCUAUCGAGAACGUUAACUCACUCGCACUAAGCACACUGAAUCUCUUCAGGGUUUGUAGUACAGCCAAAGGUUUACUCUUUUCGAGAAAUUUGAGUUCGCGUUUGAACCAGCUAAUAACGAGGUCAAGAUUCUUAAGUCGCCAGUACUCUGAACUGAAUCUAAUAAUAUAUUAUUAUUAUGCUCAUUUCGUCAAUGGCGUUCCUGGUGGUAGACGUUUCCACCUUUUCCAGUCGAAAAGAAAUGCUUUAUGUCUUGACAAGUGCCUCGAUUUAUUGGAAAAUUUUGUAAAGUUUUGUCUACAGAAAUUUUUUUUAUUAGAAUUAUGCUCUGUCUGAUGGAAAUCUGAAAUGUUCUAGAACGUUCCGUGUUAUAUAUUGUAUCCGUUAACGCUAGUCACGUGUUUUGUUACCUAUAUUUACUACCUGUUUUAUGUAUUUGUAACUUAUAAUAAUGUUUAUUAUAAGAAAUGUAAUAAAUCAGUACAGACUU